GGUUAAGCUCGUCGCCGCCGCCCCGGCCUAGGCGCCAGCCCAGGGCGCUGAAUCCGCACCUCGGACCUGUAGCGGCCGUGGCACGCAAUGGGUCUUCGCCUCUGUCCCUAUUCUGCGGCGCUGCUCCUGGGUGGCCUCCUGUUCCUCCUGCUGCUCGUAGACCCAGCGCUCCCGGUCGGACGUCCCCCUCCUGUGGUGCUGGUGCCUGGUGAUUUGGGCAACCAGCUGGAGGCAAAGCUGGACAAGCCAACGGUCGUACAUUACCUCUGCUCCAAGAGGACGGACAACUACUUCACCCUCUGGCUGAACCUCGAGCUGCUGCUACCUGUCAUCAUUGACUGCUGGAUCGACAACAUCAGGCUGGUUUACAACAGAACAUCCCGGGCCACCCAGUUUCCAGAUGGUGUAGAUGUGCGUGUUCCUGGCUUUGGGAAGACUUUCUCACUGGAGUUCCUGGACCCCAGCAGAAGCAGUGUGGGUUCCUAUUUCCAUACCAUGGUAGAGAGUCUUGUGGGCUGGGGCUACACACGGGGUGAGGAUGUCCGGGGGGCCCCCUACGACUGGCGCCGAGCCCCAAAUGAAAACGGGCCCUACUUCCUGGCUCUCCGGGAGAUGAUCGAGGAGAUGCAUCAGCUGUAUGGGGGCCCUGUGGUGCUGGUUGCCCACAGCAUGGGCAACAUGUACACACUCUACUUUCUGCAGCGGCAGCCACAGGCCUGGAAGAACAAGUAUAUCCGUGCCUUUGUGGCACUGGGUGCGCCCUGGGGGGGCGUGGCCAAGACUUUGCGUGUCCUGGCCUCAGGAGACAACAAUCGGAUCCCAGUCAUUGGGCCCCUGAAGAUUCGGGAGCAGCAGCGGUCUGCCGUCUCCACCAGCUGGCUGCUGCCCUACAACUAUACCUGGUCCCCUGAGAAGAUCUUCGUGCGUACACCCACAGCCAACUACACGCUGCGGGACUACCGCCAGUUCUUCCAGGACAUUGGCUUCAAAGAUGGAUGGCUCAUGCGGCAGGACACGGAGGGGCUGGUCGAAGCCACAGUGCCCCCUGGCGUGCCGCUGCACUGCCUCUAUGGCACUGGUGUCCCCACACCAGACUCCUUCUACUAUGAGAGCUUCCCAGACCGUGAUCCCAAAAUCUGCUUUGGUGAUGGCGACGGCACUGUGAACUUGCAGAGCGCCCUGCAGUGCCAGGCCUGGCGCAGCCGCCAGGAGCACCAAGUGUCACUGCAGGCGCUCCCGGGCAGCGAGCACAUCGAGAUGCUGGCCAACGCCACUACCCUGGCCUAUCUGAAACGUGUGCUUCUUGGGCCCUGAUUCCUGUGCCAGGCAGGGCUGUGGGAUGGCGUGGCCACACCUGCUUCUCUUGGCUACCGUGGCCCGUGAGGUUAGCAGUUUGUGACUGACUGACUAAUGUCCUCAGUCUGGGGUUGUGAAAUAUCUGCCAUUGGGAAGUGCUGUUUCUUAUCCUUUUCUCUGUGGAUGUGAGGAAAGAAGAAAUAGUCUGGACUCACUUGAGGGAUCCUUGCUGAAAAGAAUGCUGCUGCUGCUGCUGCUGCUGAUGAUGAUGAUGGAAUUGCUGUGACCUCAGGACUGGCUCCGCAGGUGGACUGGCUGGCACCUGGCCUCAAUCCUGGACUGAGGCGUCAUUUGUUUCUCCUACCCCUGUGGCCUUUUCACAUUUACCCACUGGGCCCUGGCCCCUUAGUCUUCUUGUGGGGGAUAUUACUGAGGUGUGGUUCCUGUCCCUAAAGGUCCCUGGGAUGGUCUGGUCCCUAGGGGAUCCUUCCCACACACUGGCCACAGGUAGGCUUGAUAGUGGCUGUGGGUGGCUGGAGCUGCUGGCUUCCCUGUGGCCUAGUUGCUCAGCAGCUUGACUGUCGCUUUCUGGAGGCAGCCUGGUUCCUCCUGCAGGCAGGGGCGAGUUGUGUUCUCCAUGGUUCCCAGGUCCCGGGACAUUCACUCCUACCUCCCUCACCUCCAAGAACAGCCUAGCUCAGGAUUGGGCAGCAUAUGGCCCUCUAGUUCUUGGGGGCUGCGUUCCAGGAGCCCUGACUCCUGUGGUUGGGCUGUUACCCACAGUAUUGAUGCUGGCUCCCUUCCCUCUGGGAAUGUGGUUCAAGGAUGAGAGCAGGGCCAGUGCCAUGGCCUUUUAGGUAUUCAUGAAGAAAGAGAACUCAAGGAAGCAGCUAAGGCAGCUCGGGGUAUCCCUGCUAAAUCCACCACCACGUUGCCACCCAGCCCUAGGGUUUUUCUGGCACCCGUGUGGGCUGGUGCAGAGCUGAGAGGAGGUAGAACUCUUUCCCAUUUUGCCCAGCACCUACUCCCACCAGGCAGCUCAGUGGUGCUUAGUGUGCAGAGACUAACCCAGAAGCUUGAGUCGUCCCUGAGAGAGCCAGGUGCCUUGGGGCUCCCCUGGUAAUUUCCUUCCUUUCCAGAGGUGCUGCAUGGAUCUCCCUAUAAUAGCAGGGAUGGAGAAUCUGGAUCUGCCUUGGUGGCAGUGAUCUCCAAGUGGUCAAUGGCUCUAGGCCAAGACUUGAGUCUAACCUCUAGGAUGGGACCCCAGAGCCACAGUCAGGCUGGACUGUGCUGCUCUCCCACAAGAUUUCUGUGAAGCUGGAUUUUUUUGUGUGGUAAACAUACCCAGCAUCUCUCUCCUUUUAUUCCUGAGUGGUGUGCUCCGUACUGGGGCUCUGAGCAGGCUGUACCUUGAUUCUGGCAAUAAAAAUACUCUGGAUGCUGUAAA